AUGGUUCUGGAGGACAGUGAGAAAAAGGUGUUGGGUGAUUUGAAGAGACGAAGGGGUGUAGUGAAGGCAUCACUUACCAGAGUUCAAACCUUUGUUAACAAAUUUAAUCCUAGGGAUGACCCCAUCUCACUAUUAGAAUUUCGUCAGGAAGAGUUACCACAAAUAAAUCGAAAAUUUGAUAGCGUCCAGUGUGAAAUAGAGUUGAUCGACGUCGAUAAUUUCGCUGAAGCUGAAAAAGAUAGGGAGGAGUUUGAAAACGCUUAUUUCGCUAUACGGUCGGAGUUGCAACAGAUUAUAAAUGCAGAAAAAAGUCCAAAUACGUCUAUAAAUAAUACCUCGAGCAGCACAACAAACGGGCAUACACAAAGUGCGCGUUUACCUCCGAUCGCCUUACCAAGUUUUAGUGGUAAUAUCCAAGAAUGGGAAUCAUAUUUUGAUUGUUUCAAGGCUAUGGUGCAUAAUGAUAAUAAUUGCCCACCAGCACAAAAAUUCUCCCAUCUUAGGUCCACUCUAAGUGGUCAAGCUCUAGACGUUAUUAAGGGACUACCUAUGACUGAAAAUAAUUAUAAGGAGGCAAUCAAAAAAUUGCAACAGCGUUAUGACAACAAGAGUUUAGUCAUACAGUCGCACAUACGUGCAAUUCUAGACUGCCAUCAAGUUGAAUCAGCUUCAGGUAUGCAAUUGCAAAUUCUACAUUCAAAUGUUUCGGCGCACGUUGCGGCCCUUGCAGCUCUAGAUCAACCCACUCAACAUUGGGAUGCUUGGCUAGUGACAGUGGUUUUGAGAAAAUUAGAUAAAUCCACGAAUCAGGACUGGCAGUUUCGGCGCCCCAACACAGAUUUGCCAACGUACGCUGAGUUAGAAAGUUUUUUAAUGAACAGGUGCAUCGCGUUAGAAUCAAAUGAAAGACUGAUUGUAAGUUCUGAGAGAGAUAAGGAUAGUAUUGCAGCGAGUGAUCUCAGAAUGAAAAAAUCCUACCAGAGCAACAAUUCAAAAAAAGGUAUUUUUAUAUCUGCCGAAAAACCCAUAAAAUGUCCAUGCUGCUCUGAUGAGCAUAAAUUAUAUGCGUGCAACAAAUUUAAGGAAAUGGCCAUAGGGGAUCGUGUGACAUUUGUAAGAGAAUCGAGGUUAUGCUUUAAUUGUCUGACCCCGAAUCAUAUGGCGACUGUGUGCCGAUCUACCUACAGUUGUCGAAUAUGCAGGCGCAAUCAUAAUACGUUAUUGCACUUUGAGAAGUCAACAGCUCCGACAGAAAGAGUUGAAGGUCAAGCUCAGCAGUUAGAUGUACAAAAGCAACCCAACUCGUCACAAGACUCAAAUAUUUCAGCAGCUGCUUCAUUUGUGGAUGGAUCAGAGCAAGGAUACGUGUUUUUGUCUACUGCGCUGAUCCUAGCAGGCGACAGAUUCGGAAAAUCAGAAAAGCUACAAUCCAGAAAGUCAUCGCUACCGGUGAGCGGAAUUGGAGAAAGCCGGGUCCAAGCGUUGUCGUACGUUGAAGUUUCAAUUCAGUCAAGAUUAAGGAAUUAUAGAGUAAAAUUAGUGUGCUAUGUUCUACCAACAAUUGUCAGUAAACUACCAGCAUGUCCAAAUCCCUCAAAGGGUUGGCAGAUCCCAGAAGAAUUACUGUUUGAUUUAGCAGAUCCUUGUUUUUACAAUCCUGGUUCUGUAGACUUGUUAAUCGGCGGAGGAGUAUUUUUUGACAUAACUUCAACUACAACUGUUACGAAGACCAUUUAA